GGUUUAGGCCUACUUGAGAUUUCCCUAUUAAUACUAUGGCUGCGGUAUGUGUUUCUGGAUAGACAAACAGGCCUCAGCGUGCACGACUUUAAAUGUUCCUUGCAAUGCAUUUUAUCCGAGAAAGGAAACUACUUUUUUCAACCACUUCCUACACAAAACUACAGCAACCCCGGUGAUCUCACUGGCCUGGCAGAGCGGAGACCAUCAGAUUUCUUUAUUCAUAUUGGCCAUCCUCCUGCACCGGAGAUCCGUGAGGAAUUCUUCGGACAGGUUAUUCUGGAUGGGUGUAGAAACGAAAGUCCGUACUAAGUCCAGGAAAUCUUGGAUUGAAGAAACCUUCUACAAGAGGGACUGUGUGAAAUUUAUUCCGGCGUCGCGCGACCUUCACAGGUGUUCUCCUAUGUGUCAAGUAUGCCAGAACUUAAUCAGGUGCUGUUGCGGUAGACUUAUUGGGGAGCACACUGCCCUGGGCCGGGCCCCGCCCCCCCACCAGUUGGCCCAGUCAGACGAGGGCGAGGAGGAGUGGUCUGUGGACCUGCACACUGAGGCAGCCCCCACAGACGCCUUUGGCACCAUCGAUUUCCAGGACGGCUCUCGCUCCUGCCGCGCGAAGUACCUGCGGCUGUCAUGUGACACCAGGGCGGAGCAGGUAUUGCAGCUGAUGCUGCGGGAGUGGCAGAUGGACAUGCCCAAGCUGGUGCUCUCCGUCCACGGCGGCACAGACACCUUCCCCCUGCCCCCCAGGGUGAGGCAGGCCUUCAGCAAGGGGCUGGUCCGAGCUGCAGAGACCACGGGGGCCUGGGUCCUGACUGAGGGCAUCAACACAGGGGUGUCCAAGUACGUGGGGGACGCAGUGAAACUGCACGGCACCCAUGACUUCCGGAAGAGGUACACUGUGGGGAUCGCACCCUGGGGGGUCAUCGAGAACCAGAGUGACCUCUUGGGAAAGGAAGUGCUCCGGCCGUACCAGACUGUGGGGAACCCGCUCAGCAAGCGGGCCUGUCUGAACGGCCUGCACUCCCACUUCCUGCUGGUGGACGACGGCACUGUGGGCAAACAGGGCAACCAGAUGCAGCUGCGCGCGAGACUGGAGAGGCUGCUGCAGCUGCAGAAGAUCCACCCCAGACUGGCUCAGAGGGUACCCGUUGUGUGUGUUGUGGUGGAGGGGGGCCCUGGUCUUGUGUCCCUGGUUCUGGAGUAUGUGCGGAGCGUUCCCCCGGUACCGGUCAUUGUGUUCGAUGGCACCGGUCGAGCUGCUGACCUCCUGGCCUUUGUACAUAAACAAACUACUGACGACCGGCACCUGGGUGAAAGCAUCAGAGAGGACGUUGUGAUGAGGAUUCAGCACGCCUUUAGCCUGGACACUGUUCAGUCCCGCCAACUUUUUGGACUCCUGAUCGAAUGCAUGGACUACAGAGAUUCGAUAAGCAUCUUUGACUCUGAAUCAACGGACCAGCAAGACCUUGACUCAGUGAUUCUGACUGCGUUAUUCAAAGGCAGCAAGGCACCGGCCCCAGACCAGCUGAGCAUUGCCCUGGCAUGGGACAGAGUGGACAUCGCAAAGAAUCACAUUCUGGUCUAUGGACAGCAAUGGAAGGUGGGCUCUAUGGAGCAGGCCAUGCUGGACUCCCUGGUGAUGGACCGGGUCGACUUCGUCAGACUGCUCAUAGAGCACGGCAUGAACAUGAACCGCUUUCUCACCGUGUCCUGUCUGGAGGAGCUUUAUAACACGCAGCUGGGAUCAGCAAAUAUUUUCUUACAUCAUCUUGUGGAAGAUGUGAAGAAGACUCACCUCCCCGUGGGGUACCGGGUUUCGCUGAUUGACGUGGGCCUCGUGAUGGAGUACCUCAUGGGAGGAGCCUACCGCAGCUCCUACACCCGCAAGAAUUUCCGUAGCACCUACCAUCGCCUGCAAAGCCAGAGGAAGUCUGUUUCCUCGGAGAAGGCAAGCAGCAGGGAGAAUGAAAGGAGGUUCAGCGGGCCGAGCAGAGCUCCCAGCAUGCAGCUGGGGGACGACAGCGGAGCCCCUCCCCGCCCCCACUUCUUCCGCACGGCACAGCCGUACAAACGCAAGGAGAAAAGCAUCUUUACGCCAAAGUCCUGGGCGAACAAGUGGGCGGAGACGAAAGGGACCUCGCUGUUCGUGCACGGCUUCAACGACCUGUUCGUGUGGGCGGUGCUGAUGAAGCGCCAGCAGAUGGCGCUGUUCCUGUGGCAGCACGGCGAGGAGGCCAUGGCCCGGGCGGUGGUGGCCUGCAAGCUCUACCGCUCCCUGGCCCAGGAAGCCAGGGACUGCAACACGGGUGACGACAUCGCCGAGGAGCUCGAGACUUACUCACGGGAGUUUGGCCAGCUGGCGGUGGAGCUGCUGGAGCAGGCCUUCCGGGACGACGAGCGCAUGGCCAUGAAGCUGCUGACGUACGAGAUGAGCGACUGGAGUAACUUCACCUGCCUGCAGAUGGCGGUGUCGUCCGGCCUGCGUCCCUUCGUCUCGCACUCCUGCACUCAGACCCUGCUCACCGACCUGUGGAUGGGUCGCCUCAACAUGAGGAAGAACUCCUGGUUCAAGAUCAUUCUCAGCGUCCUGGUGCCGCCUGCCCUCUUCCUGCUGGAGUUUAAGAGUGAGGCCGAGAUGUCCCACGUGCCACAGCUCCAGGAACACCUGCAGUUCGGUGGGGGCUCGGAGGACGCCACGCGCGUCAGCACGACCCCGGGUGACGCAGAAAAAGGACACGAGGAUUCCAGGCGGAAGUCCAAUGCCGGAUUGUAUGGAAUCUUCUGGACCAGGAAGGUGUACGAGUUCUACAGAGCCCCGGUGGUUAAGUUCUGGUUCCACUCGAUUGCCUACCUGGCCUUUCUCAUGUUGUACUCCUACACUGUUCUGGUGAAGAUGCAGGCCAGUCCCAGCCCACAGGAGUGGCUGGUCAUCCUCUACAUCCUCAGCACCACGGUGGAGAAAGUGAGAGAGGUGCUCAUCUCCGAGCCGCAGAAGCUGAGCAAGAAGCUGAAGCUGUGGUUCGGGGAGUUCUGGAACGUGGCCGACUUCAUCGCCAUCGUCCUCUUCCUGGUGGCGCUGUCGCUGCGGUGGCACGCGCACGCUUUGCUGACGGCGGGGCGCAUCGCCUACUGCCUGGACAUCAUCUUCUGGUACGUGCGGCUCCUGGACCUGUUCGCCGUCAACCAGCACGCGGGACCGUACCUCACCAUGAUCGCCAAAAUGACCAAAAACAUGUUUUACAUUGUGGUGAUGAUGGCUAUCGUCCUGCUGAGUUUCGGGGUGUCCAGGAAGGCGAUCCUGUCCCCCGGCGAGCCCCCGUCCUGGGCUCUAGCCCGGGACGUGGUGUUCCAGCCGUACUGGAUGAUAUUUGGGGAAGUGUACGCUGCGGAGAUCGACGCUUGUGCGGACGAGGAACCCUGCCCCCCCGGAUCCUUCCUAACGCCCUUCCUGCAAGCCGUGUAUCUCUUCUUCCAGUACAUCAUCAUGGUCAACAUGCUCAUCGCCUUCUUCAACAACGUCUACUUCGAAAUGGAGUCCAUGUCCAACAAGCUGUGGAAGUACAACCGCUACAGGUACAUCAUGACCUAUCAGGAGAAGCCUUGGCUGCCCCCGCCCUUCAUUCUCCUCAGUCACAUGACCCUCUGCCUCUCCUCCAUCCACCGGCAUCGCGGCAGGAAGUCCGAGCAGGAGGCGCAGUCUGGACUGAAGCUCUAUCUCUGCCCAGAAGACCUCAAAAGGCUCCACGACUUUGAGGAGCAGUGCGUCGCCGAGUAUUUCCACCGCAAGAGCAAGAACCUGCACUGCAGUCAGGAGAACCGGAUCAGAUCCACCAACCAGGCAGUAGAGGAAAUGAGCACGCAGCUACAGGAAGUGGCGGAGAAGGUGCACGAGGUCCAGGACGAGCUGCUGUCGCUGGACGGCCAGCUGGGCCGGCUCCAGGACAUGUCGGCGCUGGUGGUGGACACCCUGGCGGUCGUCUCCGCGGCCGACAGCCGGCAGGCGGGGGAGGCCCUGCUGGGCCUGCGUCGGCCCUUCGGCGGCUCCUGCCGGCGCCUUCCCCACAGCUGGAGCAACGUGACGGCAGCCAUCGGGGGCCCGGACAGCCUCCACCUGGCCCCGCCCCUGGCGCAGCACCACAGCACCCCGCCCUCCUUGCUGCGGUGCGUCGUCCAGGGCAACCGCCGACCAUCUCAGGAUUGGCGGGGUUCCGGGGGCGUGGAGGUGGCCAUGAUGGACGGCGGAGGGGUGGAGCUAAUGCUCACGGUCCCGACCCUCAGUUUCAGACACGCACACUCUGCUAUAGUUCCCUUCGGGAGCAGGGGGAGGGUACCGCCCCAGGGAAGACACCCCCUGUGUACCAGUGACCCCCCAGAACGUUUCUACACCAGACCCUGUCUCCACGACUCUCCCUCCCCAACCAUCCAGGUAGAGGAGGAUUGGGAAGAGGAAGAGGAAGAAGAAGAGGAAGAAGACAGCUUAGAAGAGGAUUUAGAUGGGUCUCAGUUUUCCAGCCAUGCCUUGGUCCUGCCAGAUUCUCCGAGGGAGAGGGGCGGGGUGGUGGGUUUCGUCAACCCCGCCUUCUCCGGGGAAGGAUAUUCCGGAAUCUUCCACCUUGGGCUGGGCCCACCCCCCAGGAAGAGCGGAGAGCUCCACGGGAGUACCCCCCGGCACUGCUGGUCCCUCUCAUCCAGCCUGGAGAACCUGCACCACACCCCCGAAACUCUGUGCUUGUCCACCCCCUCCCUCCUCAUGCCCCCGGAACAGGACGUCUGGGCAGGGGGGCGGCAUAACAGCCAGCGGGACAGGGGAGCGAAUUUGCCCCUAGACCACACCCUACACAGAGAAAUAUCCAAGUCAUCCGAGAUAUACCAGUCCAAGAAGCAGGAGAGUGAAAUGAAAUGCAGGGAAAGGACCGUAAGGAUACAGGAGAGAUACACAAAGAGAGUGAGAAAUGGCGGCCUCCGCUGUACUCCAGGGAGCCUGGAUGACACCCAAAGCAAGAGGCAGCGAGGGGAACAGGCCGGCCUCCAGAGCUCCGCCAGCCUGAUGCAGCUCGAUUUUGUACAGAGGGAACUUAUGCCGAAAUGUGGGAUUUCCUGUCAGGAUAUUUUGGGUGCCAUCCCAUCGGUGUGGAGCAGCUGGUCCAAGCCUCAGAGCCGCAGAUCUUCGGAUCAGAGUAUGACUGGACUAGACACAAAGGGCUCCACGUUCCAGACCGCUGAAUUUCUGGAUCAUCAUUAUUCAGCGGUGGAGAGAAACAACUUAAUGAGACUCGCUAACACCAUACCCUUCACUCCCAUUUCACUCCUGGCCGGAGAGGAAGUGAGCAUCUACUGCCUGGAGGAGGCGGCGCCGGCGGUGGGCGGGGCCGAGGGCGGGGCAGGGGGCGUGUCCUCGUGGUCUGAGCGCGGCAGGACGGCCCUGCUGCAGCCUCUCUCCUGGGAGGCGAUAGAGGGCGGUCUGCGCAGGGCCACGCGGGUGCUCUGCACCUGGGCGGAGGGCGGGGUCCUGGACCCGGGCAGCGUCUACAUCGCCAAGGCCUUCCUGCCUGAGGUGGUGGACACCUGGCAGAGGGUCUUCCCCAGCGACACGGCGCUCCAUCUCUGCCUCAGGGAGGUUCAACAGCAGCACGCUGCGCAGGAGCUCAUGCGCAUUUUCAACCGGAUCAAACCCCACAGUAUCCCGCACUCCCCAAAGUUUCUGGACGUCUUCCUGCUGCACUGGCGGUCCCGGGACCAGUGGCUGACCAUCGAGAGGAACGUGUACGGACACUUCCGGAAGUACAACAACAACACGGGGGAGGAGAUGACACCCGUGAGCGGGCUGGAGGAGACCCUGCUGGCCUUCUCCCACUGGACCUACCAUUACUCCAGAGGGGAGCUUCUGGUGCUCGACCUGCAAGGGGUAGGUUUGGAGCUGACGGACCCCUCGGUCAUCACGUCGGAUGAUAAAAGCUCACCUGGUGAUUUGGUGUUCGGUCCUGCCAACCUUGGGGACGAUGCCAUCCACAGCUUCAUCCUAAAGCACACCUGCAACGCCUGCUGCGCCAAGCUCUGUCUCUCAGAUUUGAGAAAAACCAAAGUCUUCCCUGGAAAAACGAGACCAGCUUGUGAAGGGGACAGGGCCGCAAUCAUGACCCGGCUUUGACACCUGACCUGGAAGUGGAUCCGUUAAUUUAUGAAGACAACGAGAAUGCAGCAGAACAGACAUGUCCUUUUGCUGUCCAUGUGUGACUUCCUCAUCUGGUUUGAUAACUGUUGACUUUGUAUUGAGAUAUGCAGGCUUACCCUUGAAAUCCCUUUUAUCCUUUUUAACAUCUAAAUGGAGCCCUGUCCAAAACUGGUGGAUGCAAAUUGUGGUAAACACACUUCUUAUUUGCCUUUCAUCAAUUUAAGAUUUCAGUGAUUCAUCCCAUUCCAUUCUCUUGAGAGAACAAAAUAUUCUCCUGGAUGUGCAGGUUAUUGAAAUACACGAGAGAUGCUAGUUUAUAAAUGAUUUACUUUCGGAAAGUGCCAGUGAUACGCACGCGGUCAUAGCUGGUCUGAGGAGUCGUAGAAGUAGGGUCCUGUUUUUAAGCUUCAGGAUUGUAGCCUGUUUGCUAGUCCAAGGAUCCACUCUGGCUAAGUGCCUGGUUUUGUCUGCGAUUCCUUGGAUUUCCAAUGGAUUAUGUGAAAGAUUGAUUACAAUGUAAAACUCUUUGGAAUAAAUUCCUGUGCACACGA